AUGUCUGUACCUGAUCAGGAUCGCCUCGAUGACCGCGACGAGGCCUUCGAUCUUCAUGAACGCGCCCCAUUCCUAUCCUCCUCCUCCGAUCACAGAAGCAGUUCCGACGAUGAUGACGUCUACAAGCACCGACAGAACGCCUCCCCUUCCGGACCGUCCCGGAAGCCCCGUGUCCGACUGCUGGUGACUUUGUUCGCGAUGGUAAUCGCUGUCGAGACCGGGUUUGCCAUGAGCAAUGGCCCCGCGACCCGCAUCUUUGAAUCCAUUGCUUGUCGGCAGUACUACCUGGGCUACGACCCGACUAAGAUCGGUGAGGAUGGGCAGGUGGCGGAGGAAUUGUGCAAGGUGAAGGAAGUGCAGACGGAGUUGGCUGCUGUUACGGGAUACAUGGAGUUCUUCGAUGGAUUGCUGAGUGCUUUCCUCGCUAUUCCCUACGGUCUUCUGGCAGAUCGUUACGGGCGAAAACAGACCAUUCUUCUCAAUAUCCCCGGGUUUGCUUUAAAUUCUGCGGUUUGGCUUGCGGUGCUGUGGUUUUCCGACGUCUUACCGUUGCGGACCGUGUGGCUGUCGUGUCUGUCUUGGCUGUUUGGUGGCGGGCCCGUCGUCGCUUUUGCCAUUAUCUGGACCAUGAUGGCUGACGUCACCGAGGAGGCCGAAAGAGCAUCGAUAUUCUUUCAAUUUGCCGUAACCGGCAUGGUGGCCGACUUUGUUUCAACCGGAGUUAGCUCCUUGCUAAUGUCCAUGAACCCCUGGAUCCCUAUGUUGAUUGGCAUGGGUAUUACAUUCACAGGAGUGCUUCUGGCUCUUGGCCUCCCAGAAACCAUGCAUGUUUCAACGGAACAAUCCGCCGAAUCGAUGGUUGAGCUCAACCAUCUCCCGGCGGAAGGCGAAAACAGCACGGGGAAUGAAUAUAAAGACCGGGAAGAGGAACACAAUGGUUCGCACAGUAGACAUUCGAUUGAUGAUGUCCACGGGCCGGCUACCGUUCCACCCACCUACCGCGUCACAAAGCUCCUUCGGUUUAUUGGACGAAUGAUCAAGCAGUACCGGUCCUCUAUAACCCCUUACAUGUUCAUAUUCCGCAAUAAGCAAAUUGUUCUCCUCCUCACAGCAUUCCUGGUCUACCGCCUCAGCCGUGGUUCUUCUUGGUUCCUGGUCCAGUACAUCUCAACCAGAUACAGUUGGACCAUUGCCAACGCGAAUCUGCUCAUAUCGUUUAAACCGGCACUGACUGUACCUCUUUUUUUGUUCAUUCUUCCUGCUAUCUCGCGGCGGCUGGUCCGCUACAUGAGUCCUGGCGAGAAGGAUAUUCGCCUCGCCCGUAUAAGCAUCGUCUGCCUGACGCUGGGCACUUUGGGAAUCGGCCUGUCGCCAUCGAUAGCCAUGGUAAUUCCCAGUUUGAUUUUUCAGACGUGCGGUGCAGGGUUUGUCUUUUUCAUCCGUUCCUUGAUCACCUCCUUGGUGAAUCGGGAUGAGACGGCCAGGCUUUAUACUGUCAUCGAAGUCAUUCAGGCAGUGGGGAGCGUCAUUGCCAGCUUGUCUAUCACCAACGUCUUUCGGCUUGGGAUUGAAAUGGGCGGCUUUUGGAUCGGCCUGGCCUGGAUGACCACCAGCAGUCUGUUUUGCAUGGUGGGCGUCGCUAUUUACCGAUUCCGAUUGCCUUCAUCGGCGCGUCACGACGCGGAUGAAGAUGUAAAUAUGGAUAUGGCGGAGGUGGCACCAUGA